UUCUAGAUAACAAUUUCAAUUUAUUUUUGUAAUUUUCAAGUUGAUUGCAGCGUGAUUCGAAAUCCCUUGAGCGCCUCCCCAUUUUUAAAACCAAGCUCACUAAUAGAAUAAUUGGCCACUACUACCCCUUGUAUAGAUAUAAUACGUGCAUUUUCGUAGGGCUGACAAUUCACGUUGAGCUAAAAUUAGUGUGUUGGUAUCAUCUUAUGCAAAUCUGACUCAUAUCUAUAAAUCAACUUUUACCAUACUUUGUCCUCUCAUUAAUCUUUAUCCCUCAUUUUAUUCUUUGCUGUUUCUUGUCUUAGCCAAGCAGGGUCCAAAAACUCCAACUGCAAGAGAUAUUAUAUGCCACCAACCACUUUUCAGAUGAAAAUCUCCUCAAAGAAGGUGGGUUAGGAAACCUUUACAAAGGACGACUCUUUCAGUCGGGGAAGUUGUUGGAUAUCGUUGCCCGAAGGUUGAAUGGUAACUAUGGGCAAGGAGAUGUUGAGUUCCGGACGGAGAUUUCUAUGCUUUCUAGUCUCAAGCAUAUAAAUAUCAUCUCUUUUGUUGGGUUUGUUGAUGAGAAUGAUGAAAAAAUCGUCAUUUACGAGCUAGCAACUCAUGGAAGUCUGGACCAACAUAUAAGUGAUCCAACUCUCAACUGGUCACGAAGACUACAAAUAUGUUUAGGUGUUGCAAGGGCGUUGAGUUACGUACAUUAUGCUAUUAUACAUUGUGAUAUCAACAGCUCUAAAAUUUUUUUGGAUGAAGACUGGGAACCUAAAUUAUUUGGUUUUGAAUUUUCCACAAAAUAUCCUCAAAGUUGGAGGCAUCGUCUUCUCUACUCUCAUGACUCUCGCUACUCUCAUGAAAGUAUGACACCCAAAUUUGAUGUUUAUUGUUUUGGUACAUUGAUGUUUGAAAUACUUUGCGGGAGGAAACCGGUGAUUAGAGAAGAUGUUGUAGAGGAAAAAGUGGAUGACAUCAUUGAUCCUAAUUUAAGAAAACAAAUUGACACACAAUCAUUGAUCAGUUUCUUAAAUAUUGCUGAAACCUGCUUGAAAAAAGAACUUGUGGAACGUCCAACGAUGGACCAAAUUGUCAAAGAACUUGAGGAGGCAAUGGAACUUCAAUCGAAACAUGAAAAUCUUUCUGUAUUAGAGGGACAUUCAGCAGCUGCAGCUGCAGAUGAAGAUGCAUCAACCAAGCGCUCGAAGGUUGAUGAUGAUGAAAUGAAAACGGAUAGCAAAGAUGAAAUCUGGAACCACAUGAAGGUGCUUACUAAGUGGGGUAAUAUUCCCUCACAAUGGUCAGAUAUCAUAACUCAUAUGUGCAACAAUAGAAACAAUAAUUCGAUUUGGAGCAUAGUUAACCGCUUAACUCUUGGGGCGGCUGUAUACUAUGUAUGGCAAGAAAGAAAUCGUCGCAUUCAUGAAGAGAAAUCUAGACCUGUUGCUGAAAUUGCAAAACUAAUCAGAGAAGCUGUUAGACUAAGAAUUCUGGGCUUAAAGCUGAAGAAAACCACUGCUUCUUUACAAGUUGCAAAGGCCUGGGAUCUGCACAACAUACAGUGGUUAGAUGAUAAACAUCCAAAUGUUAAUCAUGAUAGCUGA